GAGGGAAAGAGAGAGAGAGAGAGAGAGAGAGAGGAACUCUCCUGAACUCCCCCCAAAAAAUGAAAAAAUAGAUUUUCAUUUGUUUCCGCGGGCAUCAUCAAGAUCAUCACCGGAACUACCGAGGGCCUGACAUUCGCGUUUCGCAUCUGCUUGGUUGAAUGUUGAUAGGGUUUUGGUCAUCGAAGUUCAUAUCGAUCUGCAAGUUCCAUGAAGCUCGUCUUGGAGUCUAUCUCGCCUUCAAUGCUAUUAUUUGCUGUGCUUCGACUCGGUGGAGCUGGUCUCGUGACAGGGAUUUCGUUCAUUUAUAGUAAUGGGAGAUUACGUAGGAAGUUCUAAGAGCGAAUUAACUUGCCCCGAAGAAACUCGAUCUCAGUGUAGCCCUGCGAUGGAGAGUGAAAUAGGGGGUUUAGUUAGCAAGUUCUCGGGAAUGGGUGUCGACGGUUCUUCGACGGAACAUUUGGUUCAGAUCAUGAAGGCAGUUGAAGCCGCUGAGAUCACCAUCAAGCAACAGGUGGAAGAAAAUACUCGCUUGAGGACAGAACUUCAAAAGAAGGAUCAGGAACUUGAAAGAUUUAAAUCAGGUGAUUCAAGAAUUCCAGGACCUUAUUUUGAGAGGGAAGGGCAUAUAGAUGGACCUUACAAUGCACAUCAAUCAGUUAUUUAUGAAAGGAGUCAAGAAGAUAGGAAUACGUGUAUGGAUAAUGCUACCACAUUCAGCUCACAGGGUACUCUAGUUCUUCAUCAAAAUAUAAUGGCAGAAAAUGAGGAUCCUGCCUCACAAAAUCAUGCAGACAGCCGGCAUUAUUCUGAGGACAGCAAGAUAAAUGGAAAUGUGAAGGUAUUUCCUGGCAGGCUGGCAGCUGUAGAUAAUGCUGGCCAAUUUGCAUCUCCACCUUCAAUAUCUUUUUCCCCAAGCAGUUUGUUGGGUAGGUAUCAAAGAGAAGGAGAAUAUAAUCCCAGGUAUAGCUCACCUGGACAAGGGCUGAUGCCAAUGCCUGAAUUAAAUAACUCAAGCAGCCUUUGGAAGCAGGUUCGGGAGCAUGAAGAAGAGAUUUUGCAGCUUAGGAAACAUCUUGCUGAAUAUUCCAUCAAGGAAGCGCAAAUUUGCAAUGAAAAAUAUGUUCUGGAAAAGCGCAUCGCUUAUAUGCGUAUGGCAUUUGAUCAGCAGCAGCAAGACCUUGUUGAUGCUGCAUCAAAGGCCCUCUCUUACAGGCAAGAUAUAAUUGAGGAAAACAUACGUCUUACUUAUGCACUGCAGGCCGCACAGCAAGAAAGAUCAACAUUUGUCUCAUCUUUGUUGCCUCUUCUGGCAGAGUACUCUCUUCAGCCACCUGUGCCUGAUGCACAAUCCAUUGUUAGUAAUCUUAAGGUUCUAUUUAAACAUCUGCAGGAGAAGCUUGUUAUUACUGAGGCAAAGUUAAACGAGUCUCAGUAUCAACUAGCACCAUGGCGUUCUGAUGCAUUGAACCACUCAAGUUUUCCUCCACAAUCACCAGCUCAUUCCAUUGGUGCAGCACUAACAACUUCAAAUAACCAUGGAUUCGAACUGGUGGCUCAGUCUACAUAUUCUCAAGGUCAAGCACCAAUUUCUUCUCCUUCAAAUGUUCAGACCACCACAGACUGGGACCCUUUGGGGCACCAGACUCAUCCCACUGGUUUAGGUGGUUUUGCUACAAAAAAUCUGGAACCUGAUAAAUUGGGGAGAUCUUCACCAUCCACAAGCAGGAAUUCUUCAGCACAAGAUGCAUCUCUGCAUCCUGUUGCUCACAGUGAUUCUCAAAGCACACGUUUUGGUGAAGGGACCAACCAUGUUGCGAGUGGCAAUGACAUGGAUGAUUCAGAUAUGGUUGGACACCAAAAUGAUAGAGAAACUUCAGCCCAUUGGUUUUCUGGAAAUUCCCCUGCACUUGACGAUCCCGGCUCCUCUUUUUCUCCCUAUUUACCACCAGUACUUGAGGAACCAUCUUCCUCAUUUUCUGAAGCUGCAGAAGAUGAUCCUUUACCAGCUAUAGAGGGCCUCCAGAUCUCAGGUGAGGCUUUUCCAGGCCAUGAACUUCAGGCAUGUGGCUACUCCAUUAAUGGAACGACCAGUUGUAAUUUUGAGUGGAUACGCCAUUUGGAAGAUGGUUCUGUAAACUACAUUGAGGGGGCAAAGAAACCUAACUACUUGGUUACUGCUGAUGACAUUGAUUGCUAUCUUGCUAUUGAAGUCCAACCUCUGGAUGACAGAAAGCGCAAGGGUGAAAUUGUAAAGGUCUUUGCAAAUGAACAAAGAAAGAUCACUGGUGAUCCUGAGAUGAAAGAACAGGUGGAAAGUGCCCUUUAUAGUGGGCAUGCUUCAUAUGAAGUUUCCUUAUCGGCUGGAUAUCUUGAUAUCUGGGAGCCUGCCAUUUUGACCCUUAAGAAGGAAGGUUUCAGUAUGAAGUGCAAUGGGCCUCGUGGUGUUUUCACCGAAAAGUUUCUACCAAGCACAGUUGUUACAAUUCCUCUUGGACACCCUACUGCAUUUUCAAUACUUUCUGAUGGGACUGAACAUCUUUUACAAACCAAAGAUAGUAGCUCGUUAAGAGAUACUAUUGUGUAUAUCAUGAGAUUGUUCAUCAAGAGGGCUGGUGAGAAAAGGAAAGGGAGGAAGAAGGGACUAUUCUUUCACAAGUGGUCUCUGAUCUCGGAUCGAACGCCAUGCCUAACUGACACUCAGGAACAGAACCAGGGGAACACUCAUUUGAGCAAGAAGUUCCGCAUCGGAAAGGAAAAGAAUCAAAAGAUCAAAGUUGGUGUCUCCUCGUCACAGUCACUAAGACUCUCACGAAAGACAAGCAAUGAAGCGGGGGAAGUUCCCAGACUCACUAGUUCGAUUUCUAAUCUUCCAAUUUGUAAGAUCAAUGUUCAGGCUGCCGGACCCAAAGUGAAUGCAGACUUUCAAAGAUCAACAAGAGCCGGCUAUGAAGAAAAACUCAAUUCGAUUCAGCCAAACGAAUCUUGCCCUGUCAUUAUUCUGUCGGAGAAAAACCCAACUCAAUUCAGAUUUCUAACAGACUGAAUGGUCUUCAUUCCUAUGUAGUCCUUGAAAGCUAUUAGCUUAGUAUGUCUUGAAGCUGAGAAGAAAAACCAAGGGGAAAUCUUUCUUAAUGUUUUAUUUAUUGGUUGAGAUCUGGGGGGAUAUACGCCCUCCACUUGGGAUUGAAUUGUUUAUUGUUUUUCAUUUUCUUCAGUUAUGUCUGUGUGGAUCUUGAUGAUUCUUUAAGUGUUGAUUGGCUUACUUAUGUUGCUGAA